CUCACUUGUUCAGGGCAUGGUUGCAAGCGGCGCGGUUUGCAUAUAGAACAGCAUUCUUAUCAUCCAAAGCGAUGGCUUCUGUGUAUUUGAUGAUCGCCCCGAUGUAGUCUUGCUUCUUGAAUAACUCGUUGCCUUCGUCCUUGAGCUGUGCGGCUGUUGGUUCGGGCAUGUUCGAAAAUCAGGAAGGAAGCUUCGAGCACUAGUUGAUGUGUGGCGUUGCUGCCGUUGAUGUGGAUGAGAUGAUUGUUCCGAAGACGCUAAGGCGAAGAGAGACCUUUGGGAAUGUGGUGGUGGAAGCUGACGUUAACUGGGGUUUGUGCAGACUUUGAGGCGGGGGCAAUUGGUCUACACGAGGCCAGACCAUCGAUUGCGGGCAAGUGGCGUACUCGCGAUACAAGUUAUGCGUCGACUAACCAUGAUGCACGAUGUUCUAGCGCUCGUUCAGACUGUAAUAUAUGGUCAAGAUAUCUCAAAUUGGACUGUGAAUUAAUCUGUAUCAAAGGAGAGAACGGGUUGUGCUUAUUACUAACCCAAGGAAUUAACGUGACCGACGAAUGUAGUGAGCGGGGAUAUCAGAUCGCAAAAGUGAUUCGAUCGAUAACGGGUGUAAAAGUACAUGCAAAAAGUAUGCAACGAGGUUUUCAUAUUGGGUGGAUGAAUAGGCGCUAUGUAUGCCUUUAAAAGCCUUGAGAAUGAAUGUGGACGGCGACGUGUGUGAGUGUCCGAAAAGGAAGUGCGAAGGAUUAUGCGUGACCCGUAAAAGAAUGGAGGGCGUC